AGCUCAGAGAAACUCCAUAGUCAGUAGUCACCAAACCAGCAACUGUGAAACACAUAUAACACGUUGUUGGUAAACUAGUAUCAUCCUCCUCACCCGUCAGCCGUCACCACCAACUUACUUAUAUAUUCCACACAACAAAACUAUAUAUUAUAGCAUCAUAAACAAACGAGUAAGCGAUCACUUGAUUUAUUUAUACAGCAAAUAAGAGAAACACAAAACCAUCAUCUCUGUAAUGGAAUCCAAAUCCGAAAACGACGUCGUCGCAUCACCACCAUCAGAAUUCGAGAAGAACCAGAAACACUACCAAGAAACCAUCGCCACGCUUCCUCACCAAAACGGCUGGCGCCCAAAAGACCCUUUCGUCGAGUACGGUGGCCACUGGUGGCUACAACCUCUCCUCGAAGGCUUACUCCACGCCCAAAGCUUCUUCAAAGCUCGACCCAACGACUUCUUCGUCUGCAGCUACCCGAAAACCGGAACCACGUGGCUCAAGGCCCUAACCUUCGCGAUCGCGAACCGGUCCAAGUUCGACGACUCAACGAACCCUCUCCUCAAACGCAACCCUCACGAGUUCGUGCCUUACAUCGAGAUCGACUUCCCGUUCUUCCCGAGCGUCGACGUCCUCAAGGACGAAGGCAACACGCUCUUCUCCACUCACAUCCCUUAUAAUCUCUUGCCCGAAUCGAUCUUGAAGGCUGGUUGCAAGAUGGUUUACAUUUGGAGAGACCCGAAAGACACGUUUGUCUCCAUGUGGACGUUCGCUCACAAGGAGAGGUCUCAACAAGGAGAUGUCAUUAGCAUAGAGGAGGCUUUUGAUAAGUACUGUCAAGGCUUGUCUGUGUACGGUCCUUAUCUGGAUCAUGUUUUGGGCUACUGGAAGGCCCACGAAGCGAACCCGGAGCAGAUUUUGUUUUUGAAGUACGAGACGAUGAGGGGGGACCCGUUGCCGUACGUGAAGAGGUUGGCUGAGUUUAUGGGGUAUGGGUUCACGGAGGAGGAAGAGGAAGGAGGGGUUGUGGAGAGAGUUGUGAAGCUUUGUAGCUUUGAGACUUUGAAGAAUCUUGAAGCUAAUAAAGGGGAGAAAGAUAGGGAGGAUCGUCCUGCUGUGUAUGCGAACAGUGCUUAUUUUAGGAAAGGGAAAGUUGGGGACUGGGAGAAUUAUCUGACGCCGGAGAUGGUGGCUCGUAUUGAUGGUUUGAUGGAGGAGAAGUUUAGAGGAACUGGCUUUCUUGCUUCAACUCCAUGAAUAUGAUCUUUGUUUUUGUCUGUGAUUGUCUGUUUCUUCUGAUCCUUGUUUUUAUAGUUUAAUUUCCAUUGGAUGAAUCUGUAGCGAAGCCUUACUGUUGUUGUUGAGUGUCUUUUUAUCAUUAUAUGCAUCAAUUUUUCUUA